AUGAAAGAAUGGGUUCUUGAGCCAGAGACAGAGUAUAGGUUCGAGCUCGAUCCCGGUACCUCCCUAGCAAUCAAGGUACGCAGCCCCACACCUUCUGAACUCACUCCUCAGCUGGCUCAUGGACAGGCCGAGGUCUUCGGAGCAGAACUUGCGGAAGGCAAGACAUAUCUUUUCGGGACCGAGUGCAGGGCCGCGGUUUUCACCUGGCAGGGUUGUACCUUGGAGAUAAGUGCUACACCUUCCUCGUUACUCACAACUUGUCACAUUACUGGCCGUCCCUCCACCGAAUAUGUAUCUGAGGAAACUCCUAUGGCGGCAUAUGCAAAUGUGCACAUUGCGUUCGAACAAAUGCGUGUCAGAGCACUCCGUAUUGUACAUGGAUCUCCUGCCUCAGACGAUGAUGCGAAUGCCAACGCAGAGCCACCAAGAGUCCUUGUUCUUGGUCCCGAGAACUCAGGAAAGACAACAGUAUGCAAAAUCCUGACAAAUUACACUGUUAGGGCAGGGCAAAACUGGUCCCCGGUGUUGGUAAAUGUCGAUCCGAGUGAGGGUGGUUGGGCAGUUCCUGGAGCCAUCUCGGCCGCCCCAAUUCGCAGUCCCAUAGCUACAGCAUCACCUGCUAAUCCUCUUGGCUCUGCUGUUACGUCAGCUCCUACCGCCCUCUCUUCGAACGCGUUGAUACCGCUAAGCUAUUGGUAUGGACAUUCAGAAACUAAACGGAACCCAGUCCUGCUAGACCGACUUAUCCGAAAUCUGGGAGAGAAUAUCAGAGAAAGGGAUGACGAUGACCCGGAGGCGCGCGUAUCGGGUUUAAUUGUCGACACCCCAUCAUCUUUUGCAUCGAGUUCCGGCAGCGCGCCAGACAACAGGCAUACACUCAUAAAAGCAUGUGUCGAUGCUUUCAGAAUCAAUGUAAUUCUCGUGGUCGGGCACGAAAAGUUGACCGUUGAAAUGCAACGGCUGUUUGGCAACCGGUUUACAGUGGUCAAGAUACCAAAGUCAGGAGGUGUGGUUGAAUUGGACCAUAGUUAUCGGGAACGCGUGCGCAAGUACCAGCUGCAUACUUACAUGUACGGCCAAAAAAUAGACCCACCUCCUGGCAUAGCCUCCGCAAUUGUUGGAGGCGAAGCGGUGGCAGACCUCGUCCUUUCGCCAUCCUCAUGUGUCCUCAAAUUUGAGGAUUUGGCAAUCUACCGCAUUGGUGCCGAGAACAUGGCUCCCUCUUCCGCAUUGCCCAUUGGUGCUGCACGCAUGCUGUCGGAGAUGCAGCCCGUGCUCGUUGAUCCUGCGUCCAGCAGUUCGGGCCUACUUAAUUCCAUUCUCGCCUUGCUUGCACCCUUCAACCCGGAUGAGUCCGAGCGCUAUGACGAAGAGAUUUUGGACCUGAGCGUGGUCGGCUUCCUUGUUGUUACCAGCAUCGAUGCUCCCAACCGGAAAAUGACAAUACUCGCGCCCAACCAAGGAUCACUUGCGGGCAAGACAGCCCUUCUGGGGUCCUUUGAUUGGCAGGAAUAAAGUCGAACGAAAAAUUUCAUGGGAUUAUCCUUCGAGAAUUCUUGUACAUGGUGUCCUUGACCAGACAAAUGACUGAGGGGACUUGAGCAGUACAUCUAAGGUGCCCUAGAUCUGCGAGGGAAUUUGCAGGGAAUUUGCAGGGCACAGCUUUUACUCCAUCACUUUAGCGUAACUGUACACAACAUGAGUCCUUGCAAGAUAAAGAGCUGAACUAUUGUUUCCACAAGGAACGUCACAAUCUCUACAGUUCCUAAC